AUGCGCCCGCGCACGCCCACGCGCACGCGCGCGGUGGCGCCGAAACCGAACGACGAUCCCGAAACCGCCACGGGUUGGGAACACAUCACGCCAGAGUUUUUGUGGAACACCGAGCUCGCGAGACGGGUUCGGUACUUGGACGAAUUCGAGCGCGCGGAGGUGCGAGACGCGCUGGAAGUGGCGUUCAACGCGCACGAUGGACAAGCUCGAAAGAGCGGGGAGCCGUACAUCACGCAUCCGGUUGCCGUGGCGGCCAUCUUGGCGGAGAUGGAACUCGACCACGAGAGUCUCGUCGCGGGUUUGUUGCACGACACGGUGGAGGACACGGACGCGGUGACGUUUGAAUCGCUCGAGAAGCGCUACGGCACCGCAGUGCGAAGGAUCGUCGAGGGUGAGACCAAGGUGAGUAAGGUGAGUUCGUCGCUGAGCAAAGAGUCGCAGCAGAUCAACGGAACUUCUGCGGAGGACGUCAAGUCGGAGGAUUUGGCGCAAAUGUUUCUCGCCAUGACGGAGGAAGUUCGCAUCAUCAUCGUCAAGCUCGCCGAUCGCUUGCAUAACAUGCGCACGCUGGAAGGUUUGAAGCCGGAGAAGCGAGUGAAGAUCGCAAACGAGACGUUACUCGUUUUCGCGCCCCUGGCCAAGCUUCUCGGGAUGUACAAGGUUAAGAAUGAAUUGGAGGAUUUGUCCUUUCGGUACGCCAACCCGGACGCGUACGCGGAGAUGUCGCGACGUUGCGACGAGCUGAGCAAACAGCAAGAGAGUGUGAUCCAAAGGGCAGCGGUCACAUUGCAAGAAACAAUGCAAGGCGACGAUUUCUUGCGCGGGAACACGGUGGGUGUGACGAUUCAAGCCAAGGCUAAAGAGUUGUAUGGUUUGCACCGCAAAUUAAGCGCCGGCGGGAGACGAAGCGGAAGCGCCUUGAACGGGGACUCAAAGAACAUCGAUGACAUUUUCGAAGUAGCUCAGCUUCGUGUCAUUUUGCACGACACCGGAGCCAUGGCCGGUAUGACCGGCGAAGCGCGCAGAUUACAAGCGAGUAGAGUGUGUUAUCACGUCCUCGGCAUUGUGCAUGCGAUGUGGCCGCCUGUUCCGGGCAACAUGAAGGACUACAUUGCGACGCCGAAAUUGAACGGCUACAAGGCUCUGCACACGGUGAUUUUACCCAUCAGUCCAGAUGAUGCAAAUCCUACCGGUGGUAUCGAAGAAACUCCCGUGUUCCCGAUGGAGAUUAUGAUUCGCACCGAGGCGAUGCACAUCUUGGCUGAAAACGGCAUCGCCGCCGACGCGGAGAUUCGGCAGCAGUGGCGCGCGGGCGCGCGCAGGACGAGCCGUGCGCUCCGCGCGCGCAGGCGCGCGGAAUUACGUUACGCCGCGAGUCAAGAAGGUCGAGACGUGGACUUGAAGGCGUUGGAAAGGGAGGAGGCGCUCGACAUGGCGGCGGCGGCGGCGGACAAAGGCACCGAGGAAAACGUCGACGCGUCGUUGCGGCAAGUGGCUUGGUUGAAAAACAUACAGUCUUGGCAAAAAGAAUUCAUUGACGUUUUGAGCGCGCGUGAAUUCGUAGACACGAUCACGUCCGAUCUACUCGGCCGUCGUGUGUUCGUUUUCACUCCGAAAGGGCAAGUCACCAACUUGCCUCACGGCGCCACGGUGGUCGACUACGCGUUUUACACGGGAGAAACGGGAAUGCUCAUGGAGUACGCCAAGGUGAAUGGAGUGCAGGUGGAAUUUGAUCACGUGCUCACAAACGCCGAGGUUGUUGAGAUUUUCAACGAAGGAAAAGAGUUACCCGCGCACGUAAUGCUGCGGCGGUUGCGAAAAUUAAGACUCAACGCGUCGACUCGCUCGGCGCGGGCAAAAAUCCAGAAGCAGCUCGCCCGCCUGGGAAGUGGCGAUAUCAAAGAGUUGCGCGAGUCUUUGCAAGUCGAAGCCCUCACCCUGUGUGGGGAGUCGAUUCCAGACAAUCUCGGCCCAGGCCCUCGCACGGUGACGUAUUGCGCAUACAUGUUUGAGCUCGUCGCCGCCGAUCGUACGGGAUUGCUCGCGACGGUGAGCGCCGCCAUCACGAAGAGUGGUGCCAACAUCGAUUCAUACACCGGGGUGAAGGUUGCCGAUGACUGCUUCAAAAUGAGCUUUGCCAUUCACUUCGACGACAACGAGCUUCGCAACGGCGCGAGUUUGAAGAGCUUGGAUGAAAAUUUGAGUCGUCUGUUCACCGAAGUCACGUCGUUCAAGGGCGUCGCGAGCGGGUCUUUGUAUUGCGACGUCGACGCCGCGGUGCGCGCCGCAGGGCAGGAAUAAAAUCGCGCAGAUUCAGCAUCAUCGCAAAAAUUAGCCAUUGAC